CCUGCCGGGUUCCGCCCCUCCCGGCCCCGCCCCGAGGCGGUGCCAGCCCAGGCCCCGCCCCUGGGAGGGCGCUUCCGGCACAGCGGAACUCCGGGUGCCGGUUGAGGUUGCUGGUGGACCUGCUCUGGUGGUCUUGGAUGAGGCCCCAUGAGCGCGGCGCCCCUGGUGGGCUACAGCAGCAGCGGCUCCGAGGAUGAGUCCGAGGACGGGAUGCGGACCAGGCCGGGGGAUGGGAGCCACCGUCGUGGCCAGAGCCCCCUUCCCAGGCAGAGAUUUCCAGUACCUGACAGUGUGCUGAACAUGUUCCCGGGCACCGAGGAGGGGCCUGAAGAUGACAGCACAAAACACGGGGGACGGGUGCGCACCUUCCCCCACGAGCGAGGCAACUGGGCCACCCAUGUCUAUGUACCAUAUGAAGCCAAGGAGGAGUUCCUGGAUCUGCUUGAUGUGUUGCUGCCCCAUGCCCAGACAUAUGUCCCCCGGCUGGUAAGGAUGGAGGCGUUCCACCUCAGCCUGUCUCAGAGUGUGGUUCUGCGCCACCACUGGAUCCUCCCCUUCGUGCAGGCUCUGAAAGCCCGUAUGACCUCGUUCCAGAGCCCCCAUCCAGGACCUCAUUGCCUCAUUGGAACCAAAGAUGCCCCUGUCACCCAGGAAAUUCUAAAGGAUUUAGGAGCUCUGUGUCAGGAGCCAGGAUCACAGACCAGAUAAUAGAACAAAAGAUGCUCCUAGCACCCCUGCUGCUUAGGAAAUGACACAGGUUUUAGGAUCUCUGUGUCAGGAACUGGAGGCUGAGACCAACACAUAUGUUAUCAUUUCACAAUGAUAGGUCAAACAGGUCAUGGUAAUGGUGGGAGCUACCUCACUGGGGGCCUAUGGGGGUGAAAGGAGAUCUUGGGUGCCCUCAGCACACCACUUGGGUGAAGGGUUAGUACCAGACCCCACUACUGGUUUUGUCUGCCAGCCUGGGGCUUUUUUUUUCCCCUUACCUAUUGGAUUAUUUCAUAACUGUUUUCCUACCAGAAAUGCAUCUCCUGCUAGACUUGUCCAGAUCAAAACCCUGCUCUUUCACUGAGGCGCUCCCAGUUGGCAUAUCCUGCAGAAUCCCUCUAUCCAGAGAUCAGUCGGUCCUGUGGUUCUUUACCCCUGGUGGUCAUUUCACUCACCCUCAUAUGCAGUCAUUCCUGUGUCCAUCUUCUUUCCUGGAGCCCACGUUCCUCCAGGCCAGGACUGUGGCUUCUCUCUGAAUUGCCCCACAGCUUUUUUCCAAGUGCUCUGCUCACAGUAGACAUCAAAUAGAUGCUUGUUGAGUCAUGGAGCGGGAAUGAGGGAGCCCAGAGAAUAUCUUUCUGGAUCCUCUACUGUUGAUACUAGAAGGAGCCUAAGAAGCCGCCCGGCUGAUGGUUUUCUGACCCUGCCUUUAUCAGCAGAGCCUUUUUUCAAAUGAGGUGUUGCACAAAAGCCUGAUGUGUGGCUGUGUAAAACAGAAAUAAACAGUCUUCUAGCCAAAGCCCCAUUCCCACAGUUCAGGGGGCCAUAGGCCCGGGAAUUCCAUAGGAUGUCACUGCCCAACUAGGAAACUGCUCAGUUAGCUGAACCCCUUCUGAGGGCUAGAGGAGGACAGGAUUUGUCCCAAUCCAGACACUCAGCCAGGGAAUAAGGGCUGAAACUCAUCUCUCAACCUAGUCCAGCCCUCCCCCUCUUUGGAUUGUCAUUAUCAAGUUGAUUGAUUGUAUAUUAUCAGGACUCUCUUAACCACAGGUGCCAGAAGCCCAUGCCAGAAGCCCAACCCAAAGUGGCUUAAACCAAAGAGAAAUUUAUAGGCUGGUAUAACUAAAAGAUUCAGAGGUAGCACUGACUCAUGCAUGAGUGGACCGGGGUGACAAGAUAUCAGAUGGCACCUGACUGUCACCACCACAGGCAGACUGUUCACCAUCUCAGCUCUGUCCCCUUCCUUUGUCACAAUGACGAAGCCACUGCAUCUCCUGGCUAAUGGUGUACCAGCCUGGAAAGACAGCCUCCCUCUCUGAUUGGCUUCAGCACAAGUCACAGGAAUGACUGCCUGGUCUGACCCGUCUCCUGUGUGCUUUCUUUGGGAGUAAAGAGUUAACAGGCCCUUCCCCCUUCCACAGAGAGUGCUUCCCUUAUCCUGCGGAAGCUCUGCCCCUGGAUGAAGGAGGAGAGCGGCUGUUAGUGCUGAUGACUGGCACACUGCACUUGCGCUAGGAAGACAGCAUGAACUGCACCCCUCCAGGGAAGCCACGGCCUGGGCUCCCCUGCGUACAGUGGUUCCUUAACUGGGCACGAGUCCCUUGCUGGGACUUAGGAAAACUCUGCCUAAAGUCCAUUGCAAGAAAUACUGAUCCCUGUGGGAUGUAUAUGUGGCUGGUUCCCUUGCUCACUGAGAGACUAGAAAACAGCACCUGGACCCCUGGGCUGGUUCCCUCUGAGGAAAGGAUCUGUGUCAUGAGUGAAGCCUGGGCAGGUGUGGUCUGUUCAACUUUGAUCAUCUGGUUGAGCCUAAGGUGACCAAGAGUGGGUGGUGCACCCCUGAUUCUGUUGCUGUGACUGAGGAAAUGCUAAGCUCUGUUUGGCCAGGCCUGGGCAGCCUGCCUCUGGAGUAGGGGUGGAGAGCCAUCCUGCAACACGAGGUUACCAGGAAAAGGAGUUUUGGUUGGGCACAGACAUCCAAUGUCCACUCCAGGAUGUUUGGGAGACACCUUGAGAACUCUUCCUAAAAGCUGCACUUAACCAAGCUCCUGGUGGUUCUGUGAUCCCUUACAUUUUCUCCAGAGGCAGAGAGUUGGCUGACUGACUUUUGCCCUUGGGCAGAUUGUGAGGCUCUACCCAGCAUGCUGGUAUAUUAUGUUCCCUCAGAUGGGGGUGAGACCCUUGGCCUGGGGGCUGUAAAAUGAUCUGUUUCUGUGAUGAGACUUUCCACGGUGAGAUUGCUAGUGUCUCAGAGAAUAAAGGACAGAACCAGUCCAAGUCAAAGCACUUACCUAGCUGAGCCUGACUCUUCCCGUGUUAUUGAUCUGAGGGGUAGGUGGGUGGGGGCAUCUGUCUCGAUUUCACACCAACAGACCUAUUCCCUUCACAAAAGCGUCAUAGGUGACAACAAGGACUCUGGAAACAGGCAGACUGACUGUGCCAAUCCUGGAUCACCAAAUUCAGCUUCACCAUGCCUCUGUUUCUUUGUCUGUAAAAUGGGCAUAAUUGUAGGCCUGCUCACAGAGUUGUGUGAGGAUUCGAGAAACGGAGUGUGCAAAGGCUUGAGCUCAGCCCUGACACACGAAGAAAUGUUCUCGUGAUUGCUUAGAUGAAAUCGGAGUCAUCUAUUUUAAAAAACUGCAAGAAAUGAAUCAGCUGUUAAGUGGUCCAUUAUCACCUACUUGAUCAAUAAGGCUUUCUCAGUUCCCAUCAGUAAAGUUGAGAUAGUCUCAAAUUGUUUAUCGAAAUGAACUGCUAUUAACAAAGUAAAAUUUUUCCUAGCA